GCAAGAAAGGGAAGGAUUUUCGUUGAUGUUUUUGUAGGUGUUCCAUUUUUAGAUAAAUAAUAAGUAUUCCGGAGGCGCAUUCGUGUCAAGGAAGUGUUUUUCAAAUGGUGGAUAAAUGUCUAUGAAGCCAAUAAAAAUGCCGUCGGCGACGAAAGACUCAACUAUCCUGAAGAUUGCGGUUGAAAUGCUCAAUGCGCACGACAAGGUGCCGCAACUGAUUGAAUUCGACCAAAGUCAGCCUCUCUCCAGUAUUAUUCAGCUUCUGUGCAAGGCGUGGGGUCUUCCCGAUCCCGUUAACUAUGCCUUGCAGUUCUCCGAGAGCAACAAUCAGAAUUAUAUCACCGAAAAAAAUCGGAAUGAAAUUAAGAACGGUUCUGUCUUACGCCUCGAACAGUCCCCUGCGAAGACGGUGCAAGACAUACUGGCAAAGAUCAACACUGGCACAGAAGCCGAGCAAACGACUGCGUUGACCAAACUAUCAACCGUAAGCAGCGAUCUAACUUUCGCUUUGGAAUUUAUCAACAAGAAAGGAUUGUCACUUAUCAUACACAAUAUCGAGUCAGGAAAGUUCAAAGGCGACAGCUUCAAGUAUGCCUUAGUCACUUUUGUCGAGCUCAUGGAUCACGGCAUUAUAUCGUGGGAUAUUUUACAAAACCAGUUCAUAAAUAAAGUUGUCAGUUUUGUGAGCAACCAAUCGAAUGCACAAGACCCAAAGAUAAUUCAAUCCUGUCUCUCUAUUCUCGAAAAUAUUGUUCUCAACAGCUCUGGUAAGAAUUCCCAUGUAGAGAAGGAAAUCACUAUACCAAGUCUUAUUUCACAUCUGGAGAAUCAAGAUAUUAUUAUUCAGCAAAAUGCGAUUGCACUGAUCAAUGCGAUAUUUUCAAAAGCAGAUAUAACUAAAAGGAAGACUAUAUCUGCAACAUUGUGCUCAAAACAGGUCAGAAAUAAGAUUUAUGACAAUUUAAUCACUAAAAAUGUUUCAAAAGAUGGACUUGGUACUGAGUUGGCACACCAACUGUAUGUAUUACAAUCUCUGACGUUAGGAUUAUUGGAACCCAAAAUGCGUUCAAGAGCAGACACCCAAGAACAAGAAUCACAGGAAAAAAUCAAAGAACUACGCAAGUUGGCCUUUGAAAAUGAUAACAACACUAACAUCGAAGUCACAACUCGACGCCAAACAGGAAGCUUGUCUAAGGAUUUUAAAAAGCUUGGGUUUAAAUGUGAAAUUGAUCCCAUCAAGGACUUCAACGAGACACCGCCUGGUAUUCUAGCAUUAGAUUGUAUGUUAUACUUUGCCAGAAACCAAAGAGAAGAUUACACUAAGAUAGUAUUGAGAAAUAGCUGUAGGGCUGAUGAACAAGAAUGCCCAUUUGGAAAAACUAGUGUAGAAUUAGUAAAGCUUUUAUGUGAUAUACUGCACAUUGGAGAACCACCAAGUGAUCAAGGACAGACAUAUCAUCCUCUCUUCUUCACUCAUGACCAUCCAUUCGAAGAACUCUUUUGUAUCUGCAUAGUUAUACUGAAUAAGACAUGGAAAGAAAUGAGAGCAACAACAGAAGACUUUGUCAAAGUCCUUAGUGUAGUAAGAGAGCAGAUAAGUAGGGCAUUAGCUUCAUCUCCUAAAAGCUUUGAGAAAUUCAAACAAAAGAUCAAAGAGCUGACUUACAAUGAAAUAACUCAUCUGUGGCAGCAAGAGCGCACAAAUAGAGAAGUAUGGGAGUCACAUGCAAGACCAAUAGUAGAGUUAAAAGAGAAAAUAACCCCUGAAAUAAUUGAUCUUAUUCAGCAGCAGAGACUAGGAGUUUUAGUAGGUGGUACAAGGUUUAAAAAGUAUAUGAAAAUUAACAGAAAGGAUAGAUUCUGGUUUGUUCGAUUAUCGCCAAAUCAUAAAAUACUUCACUAUGGAGAGUGUGAUGAGAAAAGUACACCAAGUUUGGAAGAAUUGGGGACAAAAUUAGCUGUCUCAGAUAUAAAAUGUGUUGUGGUUGGUAAAGAAUGCCCCCACAUGAAGGAUUUGAAAGGCAAAAUAAGUAGUCCACAUUUGGCAUUUUCCCUUAUAUUGAAGGCUGCUGAAGUUCCAUCUUUAGACUUUGUAGCUCCUGAUGAACAGAUUUUCGAUUACUGGACAGAUGGUAUUAAUGCUUUGCUAAAAGAAAAGAUGACAAGCAAAUCUUUUGAGAAUGACUUAGAAACUCUGCUUUCUAUGGAUAUUAAGGUUAGAUUGCUUGAUGCUGAGGGUAUAGACAUACCGCAAGACCCACCACAGAUUCCACCAGAGCCUGAAGAUUAUGAUUUUUACUAUGAUAAUAACUAAUCUAUCUAAAAAUGUGCCAUAAAAGUUUUAUCCACAAGGUAAGGUAAUGCAACUAUGAAAACAACAAAAUACAUGUAUGAAUCCUGAAUGCUAUUAUAUAUGAUUCAAAAACAACUUGGUAAAAUACUGGUAGGUGUGCUGCAUUGCUUGUCAUAACACUGAAAAAAGCUUCUAGCUCAAUUAAGUGCAUUUUAUAUGUUGACUGCAAUCCUCUGCACUGCACCAAAAGUAUUAAAAUAAUGAUGCUGUAAUGAGGGUAACCAAAAUUUGCACUAUUCUUUUAAGGGUUAUGCAGACCAUAUUUACUCCAAAUUAAGACAUGUGGUCAAUGAGUGAUCCACUCCUCAUCCAAUUUUUUACUUCAAGUUUGCUGUAAUUAUGUCAUAUUACUUAAAGCUUACAUUCCAAUGCUUCAGCGAAGUCACUGAUGAGUUGCUAUUGUUUGCAAUAGUUUUUAAACUGAGAAUGUUUAUGUUACACAACUUACUGUGAAAUGUCGAUAUUUAAAUACCCCGUUAACUGAAAAUGGUAAAGGGCCGCGGUGCCAACUUGCAAGCAACCAAUCACAAAACUUGCUCUAAGGCUGGUUUCUUAAAGCCAUCUUAAACGACGCGAAGGACCUAGGUUGAAUUCUGCAGUUUGACCUGGCUUUAAGUUGGAGCAAGAUUUGUAUGGUUGUAAUUGAAGACUUUGUUCGGAAUAUUGGAUUGUUUAAGAAAAGCUUAUUUAGCAAAAAUAAGUAGAACAGCAUUUGGGGCUCUUAAUAUAGUUUAAAUUAAGUAAUUUAACUUUGGAGUUAUAGUGUUACUAUACUGAAAAAAGUCGUACAAAUCUUGGGUUCAGGACCAUUCUAUUCAUUCCUUAACAUUUUUUAAUUAAUUAUAUUAUUAUAUUUUGUUUAUUAUUAAUCAAAGAUUAUAACAUUCCCAAUUUCUUGUACAUAAAUCUCUAAAAAAAUUGACAGGUGUAAUAGAAAUGCUUUUGCCUUAUUACAAUGUGCAGUAGCUUUUCCUACUGCAGAUUAUAAAAAGGCAAUAUCAAUUUAUAACAUUACGUUCGAUUUGUCAAUUUAGAGUUAUAGAGAUUUGUGUAAAUAAAUUGGCACCAAUGUUUAUUAUUUAAGAUUCUAUUAAGCUUUAAUGAUAGUAGGAAAUUAUUCUUUAAUCAAUAUACAUUAUUGUAAUCCAUUUAAUUCAAAUGUAGUUAUUAUUAUUAAGAUUGCACUAUUGGACUGUUUUAUUAUCUUUUUACACCAAUGUUAUAUUAUUGGAAGUUGUAGAUAGCUAUGUUAUAAGUUCAUAACACAAGAAAGGAAGUUGGACACCAAAGAUAAUAAGUAAGAAAUCAAUGUUUUUUACAAUAUUAAACAAAUUAUAUAUUUCAAAUCUGCAUUAUUCUGA